UCAUAUAUAUGCGAGUAUUUAUGUGAGGUGAUUCAAACCGACAACGUUCAUUCCGUUAAAAAACGUGCAAGCGUUCAAACAUCGUUCGGUAUUGAGCUCACAAAAUUGUGUGUAGAAAGAACUAAUCGAAUUGAGUCAAUUUAAUUUUGGACGAAACCGAAUCGAAACCACCCCGGAAAAUUGGUGAUAAACCUAAUUCACUUUGAGAAAAUUUUGGAAAGUAUAACAAAAAGAAAAUGAUGUCACCAACAUUCCGAAAAGUGGCAGUGCUUUUGUUGAUUGUACUGAUAUUGGCCGCCGAUUGUGAUGCCAAACGUAAACGAAGCAAAAAAGUUCAAAGUGAAAAAACAAUGGAACAACAAAAAACAUCGGUUGCAAAAGAAUUGGAAUUGAGAGAGACAAAUCCACCAAAUUUCGUGCGAUUGCUUAUCAUGCGCCUCAUUUAUGGGCUUGCGGUUCAAAUGAACCUUGAAGAAAGAGUUGCGGGCUGGUUCAAUGGUGCCUUCGUUCCGCCCAAUGCUGACUAUGAUGACUACGGUUUCGGUGGUGGACUGGAUGAUCUGGGCGCAGAGGAUUUAUUCGAUGCCAAAUAACGACCGCGGGCACGUCAUCGCAAAAAUGAGAGAUAUGACACAUAAAUCAUCGUUUUAAGAUAGUUUUUAGUGCUAUUUAUUUAUUUUAUUUAUUUUAAAAAUGCAAAGUGAAGAAACAGUGAAAACAAAACAGUGCACCAUUAAUUCCAGUGUAAAGCAUUCGGAAUGUGAAAAAUUCAAAAAAAUAUUAAAUUUUACCCAUAAAGAAAACAAAGAGUCGAAAAAAAAUCAAUUCAUUAAAUUCAAAUUCAAAUAAGAUCAACCAAAAAAACACUUAAAAGUCGAAAGAAAACCUGAAAAUUACAAAGUUUCAUCAUCAAUCAAAUCAUUUCGCAUAUCAAAAGAAUAUAUAUUGCUAUUAACAUUCUAUUUGAUCAAACGGUUUUUCAUACGUGUGUGCCAGUGAAUGCGAUUUAUGGUCAUGUGAAGAGAUGCUAGAGAGGAAGGGAGAGAGAGAGUGCGUACCAAUUUACAUAAUCAUAUGAAGUACCGUUGAAACGCGUUCUCUCUGCCCAAGCACAUCAAAUGGUGAAUUUGCAUUCAUAUGCGAGAUGCAUUUUCAAUCAAAACGCUAUUGAAAACGGUUUUGCAUUCUAAAUAGAAAUUGGAAACGGUUUAUUAUUUUUGGGAUCGAUGGAUUAAAGUUCACCGAAGUGACAAACGAAACAAAGCAACAAGAUUUCACUUGAAAAAAUGAAUGGAGUGAUAAAAGUUCGGCCAUCGAACAAAAUGCAAUUUUGAUUCUUUUUUUUUAUGUUAUGACUUUUUUUAUCGCCUUUCUUGUUCAUUGGUUUUAAUUAUUUUAUAUUGAGUUGUUCUCUUUUUAGAAAUUGUUCAUUCCUUUGAAAGUGUUCAAUCUUUUCACUUUUUACCUUUCUUUAUUGCCAAAAACGCUUUUCACUCAAAGUAUUUCUGCUUUCAAUCAUUGAAAUUCAGACUAAAAUAGAUUCUUCAACACGUUUUCACUCUAAUCAUUGAUUUCAAUCGUGAAUUCAAAGCGGUGCCUCUUCUAUAGCAUAGAAAUGUUGCGAUUAAUUGUGAGAUUCGUGCAUGAUAUCGCGUUCAAACUGAAAAAAAUUGAUGAAUAAAUUCGCGCAUUCUCAAUGUGAAAACAACAAAUCGUCGAUUUCACGGUAUUUUACCUAAGAGACAGACAUUCUUUUGUUCGUUUUUUUUUCGCUUCGGUACAAAGAAAUUUCGGUGACACAUUCGGGUGUUCUGAAGAAUGAGAAAGCAUUGAAAAAAGUCAGAAAGAAAUAUUAUUCUUACUUUCUCUUUGAAUGAAUCGGUUUCGACCGUGUGUAUUUAAAUAUAUUUUUCGUUUCUUCGUAGUAACAUCCGAAUAACAAUCAAUAUGUGAUGGAAACGAUGAGUGACACGGUAAACAUGCCGAAAAAAUGAACAUAUGUAAAGAUAACGCCAACGUUCGACUGGAACCGAAUUUAUUUGCGUUGGAAUAUGUGUUUUUCAAAAUCAUAAAAAACUAUCAAAUUUGGGACGAGUGAAAAUGUAUUUGACAUAUGUCAAUAUAAUUAGAAAACGGCCAAUUCAUUUUCUAUUUAUUUGUGAAAUUGCAAAUACUAAGUACUGCUGCUAUUGAUUGAGAUACUUCUCUUUUGAUGCUCUUCUAAUAUCUCACCAAAUGAGAAACUCGUAAUCCAUUAAAUACCAUCAUAAAUUGCAUUCACUGGCGCACGCGCACAAAGAUGCGUUCUGGAGAUUGUUUUACAUUUAUAUAAAAAAAAUAUGCAAAUUGCGCUUGUCUCUUUAUUGCACAUCAGUUCUAUAUGGGCUUGCAAAAUUGGGUUAGCAAACCAACAGCAUCACUGGAAUCAGUUGUUUUUCUUCUGGCAUAUCAUGUAGUUUCCGCUGUUUUGUUACGCUUUUUUUUCCAACAUCACAAUGAACAACCAUAACGGUUUUAAUGGUUUGUCCGAAACACGAACGAAGAAUUAUUAUUACACAACGAACGAAAUGAAAAAAAAAAAUGAUUUGUAUCCAUCUAUCUCUCUGUUUGUACUGUAAAUAGACUAGCAUAGAAUAUCUUGAUUUUUUUAGUUUAAGAUACUGGAGUUUAGCUCACAAAAUUGUUAUUGACUAUAUGAUAUUUAAUGAGAUUUUUUUUACUUAUUUAUUUAUUUAUUACAAUGAAAAACUAUUGACCAUAGCAAUAUCACAUUUGUCGGUUUCAAAUUCGAGCCGAGGAAAGAGAAAUAGUCAGAAAGAUAUUUUCGUUAGAAAUUCAUUCAGUGCUGGCUGCAACUGAAAUGCCAAAAUUAGAUAAUUAUCAAGAAAUGGUAACGCACACAAAAAAAACGGUAAUGGGCCUAAUUAACACUCAUAGUCAAGUGCAACCGAGCCCAUUCAAAAUCGAUAAGAAAUAUUCUUUAUAUUUCUGGUAAACACAUGUGUAGAAAACAAGUGCUAAACAUUCCAACUAGAUGAAAGUGUACAAAUAAACGCCUUGAAAGAAUAACAA